AUGGCAGUUCCAAUUGACGAUCGGUUCCCACUCUCACGCCUCGACGAUGAAUUCGUUGAAUACUACUACGACAAACUCGCAUCUCUAGGAACGAACCUGCCGCCUUGGGUCAAGGACACUUCUGGCCAUGGGAAUGUGAAAGAUAUCACAGUACCUUCUGACGAUGGCCAUUUUAUCACUAUAAGUGCCGGGCCAUAUCCAGUUCACAUCAACCUCCACGGUGGAGGUUUCGUCCUCGGCAAUCUUCGCAGUGACGCGCAUCUCUGUGCGCAGUUUUGCGACGUGCUGGGAAUUAUGGUGCUCGAUGUAGACUAUCGGCUGGCUCCAGCACACACCAUCGGCCGUGGCCAUGACGACGCUUGGGCGGCAGUUCGCUGGGUUUAUGCCCACGCAGCGGAGAUCAACACGCUGCCAGACUCGAUUUCGCUGGGGGGCAUCUCUGCUGGCGGCCACAUCAGUGCCUCACUGGUUCCCUCCCUCGUCCAGAACGAGUUCGCUCCCUGCCUAAACUGGGAACGAAUCAAGUGGUUCGCCAAUCAGUAUACCCCUCAGACCGAGCAAGCCAAGGCUAAAGUCUCGAACCGUCCUGCCUUCUUCAAACGACCCAUCGAAGGGAACCUCGCAGGCCUCUCCGAUACAUUCCUCGCCACGGCUGACUGCGACCCCUGCCGUGACGAAGGCGAAGCUCUCGGCAUGGCGCUGCUUGCCCAUGGGGUGAAAGUGACCAUGCGCAGGUACAUGGGCGUCCCGCACCCCUUCAUGCAUAUGCAGCCGAUCCGCAAGGCACAGCUAUAUGUUCGAGAUGUUUGUGAGGCGUUGAGGAGUGCGCAUGCGCGGAUUUAG